AUGGAACCAUACGAAAACAAAACCCGGUAUGCGGAUGUCCUGCAAAAGUAUGGUCUAUACAAAUAUUUGCGCACCAAUUGGGUUUCGAAGGAAGACUCAACAGAAUCCCAGCUCGUUUAUCGCGUUGCUUUUCGACUGAACGUGCUGUGCAAGUGCCCCGGUAACGAUUCAAUUCGUACGUUAUUCGAGUUUACACCCAAAAAAUGUAAGGUCAUGCUCGUGGACAUGCAGUCACUGAACACGCCACUUACAAUCCAGCGAGAGACACUGGAAGUUGUGGAACGUUUUAUGUAUCUUGGAAGUCGCAUUAGUUCUGAUUGUAGUGUGACAGAUAAGGUGAAUGCACGAAUAUGCAAGGCUCGGGCCGCGUUUGGUAAUUUGAGACGUCAGAAUGGUUUAUUCCUGAAUCUGAAGGGACGUGUGUAUCAAACUACAGUGUGGGUUGUAUUUCUGUAUGGCUGUGAGACUUUGCUCAUUCGAGCAGCUGAACUGAGACGUCUUCAGGUAUUCGACAAUCGUUGUCUCAGGACCAUACCUCAUAUGGCUGUUGAUCUGUUCGCCGAGCUUGGCAAUUGGCUUGCAAACGUUUCGUCACCAUACGAGGAGACAUCAUCAGUGCGCAUCAGCACAUUACCAACAGGCAACGAGUUCGACGGCGCACGCAAAUCCCUCAAACGUCAAGAAGUGAAGAGUCUAAGGAAAGACCGAAAGCCCUGGGUGGACAUCAAAAGCUAG